AUGAAUAAUACAAACACAAAUCAAUUAGUACAUGGUUUAAAACUUGAAAAUUUGUCUUCAUCGACUGAAUUGUCAGCAGAAAAAGUUCAAGAUUUACAAGCAGCUUUCAGUCUUAUGGAUUCACAAUCAAAAGGUUAUGUAUGUCCAAACGAUAUAAUUCGAAUUGCGGAAGCCGCAGAUAUGAAAUUCGCUGAAAACGAAGCUCAAUUAUUAGUUGGUUCAGCUGAUGAAGAUCAUUCAGGUGGCAUCGACAUGAGAGAAUUUAUAUCAAUUAUGACAACAUCUGUUAAUCCACAAGAUUUGGAAGAAGAACUGCGACAAACAUUCCAAACUUUUGAUAAAGAUGGAAGUGGAACCAUUAAUGCUAAUGAACUGAAAAGAUUUGUUAGAUUAUGGGAUAAUGAAUUAACUGAAGAUGAACCUGUAUUUAGUUUUUUUGCAAUUUGUUUAAAAAAAAUAAAAAAAUUGAACACCUAUUAA